UGUAUAGUAAAUAUAACAUUCUUUGUAAAACUCUUUGUUGAACAACAGGUUUUCGCUCGCAAAUCAUUUUAGUGAGAAUCAAAUCAUGAACGGCUGUGAAAAUAAUAUGGAAAACGGCAAUAGUAAGGAUCAUUGUGUUAACGGGAAAAUCUUUCAAACAGCAAAAGAAAUCUAUAUUCACACUGGGAAUUUGACAAACUGGAGUCAAAGUCAUUCUAAAGUCGUUAAGAAUACAACUGAAGAGAUUUGUGAACGUAUUAUCACGACUGUGAAUUCAUCUACGUCAGAAAAUGAUGAAAGAUACAGCAAGCAAGAAUGUGUGCGAUUUAUGAAUCCUACUCUUGUUGAAAAGGUGACAAGUGAAGAGCGUAAUACUUUAAAAGUAUCUGUGAAACUAUUCAUCAACGAAAAGAAGCCACACAAUAUACAAGAGGCAAUUUUUCGAGAUUUGACUGAGCUUGGAAUAGACUACAUUGAUGUUGUUGUUCUUUCUAUUCCACCUUUUCUUGAUGCUGAAACACAGAUUUCUGUUAUUGGGCCAAUGUGGAGGGAGUUGGAAAAACUAGUAGAACAGUCAUAUGUUGGGGACUUGGCUGUCUGUGACUUUAGUAUGCUUGCCUUGAAGCAAUUAUGUGGAUUUGCUAAGAUUAAACCUUCAUAUGAUCAAAUAAAUCUGGCCUCAUGUUGUGUAAUGCCACAGGAUUUGGUUGCAUAUGCCAAAGAACGGGAAUUUGUCUUUUAACUCAUGCAGACCCUAAGGAUAUUCUCCCUGAGAAAAAAUUAUUUCAGACCAUCAACAAGGCAUAUGGGUUUCCAGAACAAGUUCAUGGUUGGAAUAUUCUUGGGUGACUUGUUACUCAGUUGUAAUUAAAUGUAGAGCUGUGUUACAAAAUAAGGGGUACAUAGUAAACCUUACUCACAGAGGUUGAGCUGCCUUCGAAAUGCUUACAGUUUUUUGCUUUAUUGUUUUGGAAUGUUUCAUAUGUUUCAUAAGUGGUAUAAUUUGUACAAUAGAAGAGGAGUAAAUGAAUUAGACCUGAUUUCUGACAUUAAAACUGUACACAUGUAUUAAAAGUUUUUAUGGGUCUCCAAACAAUGGACUUGCUUAGUUAAUCAAAAUCAACAUUAAGGGAUAUUUAAUAUUUGGUUAGUCAUUCACGUAAAAUGUAAAUAGCAAUGUUGUUAAUGUAAUAAAUUGUCAACAAAUACAUUUGUAAACCAAA